AUGGCAAUGAGUUCAGUCCGUGGCGGCAUAUCCACAACAUCUGGCUCCGAUGCGGGGAGUCUGCCGUCAUUGCGGACUGCCUUUAUCUGCACGAGCGAGGAGGUGGUAGCGGCCCUCACUAUCAGGCCGCUACCAGACAGCCUGGACGAGGCAUUGUUCACGCUCUUGGAGCAGGCAUCCCGGGAAGGUCAAGACCCUGAUCCUGAACGCUUUGUCCGAGAGUUGGCCGACGCCUUAUUCACCCAUCCUUUGGAAGGGAUUGACGGUCUCGCCGAGCUACGCGAUCAUGUCGAAGAUAUCGAUGGUGAGGGUCUCAGAACAUAUGUUGUUCAAUGGAUCCACAGUCUGGGUGCUGGUCACGGAAAAAGGCUCCUCGACCAGGACGCUGUGGCGAUCAUCGAGAAUUAUAUCCCCCCUAUGGUGUCUAGUGUCGUCCUACAGAAUGCAUUCAUGAAGGGACUCCCUAGCGCUCCGAGACUCACCAAAGAUUACCGUUGGGAGCAGCUAUCAGCGAAGAGGGAGCUCAAGUCGUUGUGUCAAAGUCCCUUUUCAAAGGGUUGGUGGAAUCGGUCACUCCAAGGUCACCAAGCUGCCUCCGUCUUCCGCAGCCCCGUCUCUGAAAUCAGUCAGACUACUCCAAGGCGUGAAGUGAGAAUGUCUGAAGGGAAUGGAUCGCCUACAAAAACGUCGGUCGGAACUAGUGACCCUCCGGACUUGGUCAGCCAACAACGACGUCACACCGCUGCCAAGAACGCUGAUAAGGCGGCAACAGCAUUUGACGGUGGCUCAUUCAAGGGUGUCGCUGAUAAGAGGGGAUUCUCCGGCUUCUGGCGGCAGCUCGAGGGCAAGCUUCUUCGACGAGGGUCGGACCACGGGAGCCCCGAGCAUUUCUACAUGCUCACUAGUCUUCUUCCAGAGCAUAUCGUCAGUAAAACGGUGGGAAGAACCGUCCCAAAAACACUGUCGGCCUUCCAAGCUACCGUUGAAGACCUCCGGACGGCCCUUUCACGUGAAUAUGAUGGUUUCAUCGAGGUGGAGAAACUCCUCACUGAGACGCUCACUCGAGGGGCCAAUGAGAGCCUCACUGACUUCAUCGCUCGCAUUGACAACUGGGAGGAUCGUUGCUCGACAGCUGGGUCGCCGGUGCCAGAUGCCACUCUCAUCCAAGUCUAUCGGUCGGGAGUGUCCCACGGCCCUUCGAGGGAGGCCAGUUAUGAGUACCCUUGUCGUUGGACGGACUUCCGACUCCGUGCGCUGACAAGAGCGGCAAGGUUCGAUGGUGAGAAGUGUCAGAAGCCCGACACUUCAUCUCAGGAGCAGCCUAAAUCCAAGACUGCCCCAACACCUCCCUCUAGUCAAAGGCCAACCAUUGGUUGGCAACCAACGACAAAAAAGGAGAAGUCUGCCGAAAUAAUCUCCGAGGGCGAUGUCUGA